CACUGUUGUAGCAGGAGAAACAUUAAGUUCUGGUCAAGUGCUCACCAUCUGCAGAAUAAGGACCAGAACUUUACAGAGGUAAACUGUGUCAGUUCUUUUACUAUUACAGCAGUUCAUCGUGGCCCUGUCGUUCGCCUCCUUCACCAAAGCUCUGUCAGGGACCUACAUGAAGAGUGCCAUCACUCAGAGAGACACUUUGACCUGUCCAGCUCUCUCAUCGGACUCAUAGACGGCAGCUUUGAGAUGGGUAACCUGCUGUUCCUGGCUGUGGUCAGCCAUUUUGGGGCGAAGCUGCACCGGCCCAGGCUCAUUGCUAUGGGCUGUUUCCUCAUGGCUGUAGGAUCCUUCCUCACAGGCCUGCCACACUUCUUCAUGGGACGGGCUAUCAGGAGAGCUACCCAGUCCCAGAGGGCCAUCGUGGCUUCAUCAGUGAUGCCAGACUUCUGCAGAUGCAGAGAGCUGAGAAAGAGACCAUGGAAGCAAAGCAAAGAAAGAUAAGUGCUAUCCAUGAGAAUUAUGUCCGGACUGCUCUCAUCCGGGUUGGCAGCACCUUCGCGCACCACUUCGUCCCCUCUAUUCAGUGCAUUCCGUGGCCGAAAGCUCCACCGAGGCCUUUGCCACGAAGGCUUGAGCACAUAGCUCUGGCCCCACUGAAGAACGUGGUGGGGGUGGACGGAGCCCAAGUUCGACCCGGAUCUCACUCUCUGGAGUCCAUCCAGGUAAAUAAGUCAUUCAGCAGCAGUAGCGUGUGGCCUGUUCCCGUCCCUCCCACUGGAGCUCCCUCCAAGAGGGGCAAGAAGAAGAAGGGCAGGCGGGGAGUCAAAGCCCUGAAAGUCCAGUCGGAUCAGGGCUGUGCUGACAACAACGGACCCAUUGACCUGAUGGAGGAGGUGAGGGACAUCGAGCCUCACCUGAAGGAGGAGGCCUGGAAGGUGGUACAUGAGGUGAAGGCCAUGGGCAGGAGAAGUUUGGGCUCGGCCAUGUCCAUGGGGGAAAUAGCCACCAGCUCUCUGGGAAGCCUGAGCUCAGUGGAUAUGAACACCCCUGCGGAGCUCCGUGACUACUUGGAUGUUGGGACCCCGGUCAAGUUGCGUGACAGCCCACCCAGGCCUGCUCCCCCUCCUACCAAGCCCAGGAGCAAACAGCCUCGGCCUAUAAGGUUCCUUAGCCUGCCAAAGGCUGCCACCGGCUCAGACAAUAAGGCAGCCAGUGAGCCAAAGGGCCAAAUAAAGAACCAGGCCAGAUUGCAGCCCCUGUCCAACCCAGAGCAGGCCCUGACUAAGACCUUCAAGCUGCUCCACUCUCCCUCUGAUGACUGGGAGAAGAAGAUCGAGGGCUUGACCUCUCUCCGUGUGAUGGCUCAGAACCACAUGGACAUACUGAUGCCUAAACUCCAUGAUAUCUGCCUUGCCAUUAUAAAUGAGGUGAAGAACCUGCGCUCUGCAGUGUCUUGUGCUGACAGUGAGGUGGAGGGGACGGCACGCGUGCUGCUGCACAAAGCCAGCGAGGCCAACGCCUUCAUCCGGCAGGGCGCCAACUUUGCCCUGGGUCACAUGGUGCAGAGCUGCACCCCUACACGUGUCAUGAAUGCCCUGCUGGUCGGUGGGCUGAGCCACCGUAACGCUGCGGUGAGGAGCUGCACUGCUCAGCACCUGGAGAGACUGGCUGAGGUCAUGGGGACGGCUCGUCUCCUGUCGGGGAAGAAAGACCUCACUGACCGUUUCUUGAUUGCCGUCAGUAAACUGGCUGUGGACCCUUCACAGGAAGUCAGGUGGGAAGUUCCUCCUGUAAAGUAGCUUGCUUCAACAUAACAGUUAAGGCCGGGAUUCAACCAUGGCUCGCUAUAGCACUAGAUCGCCAACA